GGCAGCCACCACCAAACCUCUCGUCUUUCGCCUACUCCCCCCACCACGAGGCCGCGACUCGCACUCGCGCAACACCACACCGCUAGCGCUGCUGUGCAAGAUCGGAGCCGGUUUGUCGUCGCUGCGGUGGCUGGAGGAUGAUCACGUUCGCGGAGCUGGCGGAGCCGGCGCCCGGCGCCGAGCGGUGCGUCGACCGGCAGCUGUGGCUGGCCUGCGCGGGGGGCAUGUGCACCGUGCCGCCGGUGGGCGCCAGCGUCUACUACUUCCCGCAGGGGCACGCCGAGCAUGCGCUCGGCCUCGCCGCGCCGGAGCUCUCCGCGGCGCGCGUGCCGGCGCUCGUGCCCUGCCGCGUCGCGGCCGUGCGGUACAUGGCUGACCCGGACACCGACGAGGUGUUCGGCAGGAUCCGCCUCGUGCCGUUCCGCGCCGCGGAGGAUGGGGACGUCGAGGACGACGGCGCCGCGGCUGGUGAGGAGCACGAGAAGCCGGCGUCGUUCGCCAAGACGCUGACGCAGUCGGAUGCCAACAACGGGGGCGGGUUCUCGGUGCCCAGGUACUGCGCCGAGACCAUCUUCCCACGCCUGGACUACGCCGCGGACCCGCCCGUGCAGACCGUCGUCGCUAAGGACGUCCAUGGGGUGGCGUGGAACUUCCGCCACAUCUACCGGGGCACGCCGCGCCGGCACCUGCUCACCACGGGGUGGAGCACGUUCGUCAACCAGAAGAAGCUCGUGGCCGGCGACUCCAUCGUGUUCCUCCGCGGUGAUGGAGGGGAGCUGCACGUCGGCAUACGGCGCGCGAAGCGCGGAUUUUGCGCCGGCGGUGGCGGAGCCGAGGAGGCAUCCCUGCCCGGGUGGGACCAGUACGGCGGCCUGAUGCGAGGCAAUGCGAGCCCGUGCGCCGCCGCCAAGGGGCGGGGCAAGGUGCGCGCGGAGGACGUGGUCGAGGCGGCAAGGCUAGCGAGCGGCGGGCAGGCGUUCGAGGUCGUGUACUACCCGCGCGCCAGCACGCCGGAGUUCUGCGUUCGCGCGGCGGCGGUCCGCGCGGCGAUGCGGGUGCAGUGGUGCCCCGGGAUGCGGUUCAAGAUGGCGUUCGAGACCGAGGACUCCUCCCGGAUCAGCUGGUUCAUGGGCACCGUCGCCGGCGUCCAGGUCGCCGACCCCAUCCGUUGGCCGCAGUCGCCGUGGCGGCUUCUCCAGGUGACCUGGGACGAGCCGGACCUCCUCCAGAACGUGAAGCGGGUGAGCCCGUGGCUGGUGGAGCUCGUGUCCAGCAUGCCGGCGAUCCACCUCUCGUCCUUCUCGCCGCCGCGCAAGAAGCCCCGGAUUCCCGCGUACCCGGAGUUCCCCUUCGAGGGGCAGCUCCUCAACCCGGCGUUCCCGCCGAACCCGCUGGCACACGGCCACCAUCCCCACCACCAUUACCAUCACAACCACCCGUCCUUCUUCCCAUUCCCCGACGUUAUUGCUCCUGCAGGCAUACAGGGAGCCAGGCAUGCGCAAUUUGGUCCAUCUUUAUCAGAUCUCCACCUUACCCACCUGCAGUCGAGCCUCAUGUACCCGGGGCUCCGCCGCCCCGAUCAUGUCGGUCCAACUCCCAUCCCGCCAAGAAUCAGCACCGACUUGACAAUGGGCGGCUCGCAGCCGCCGGCGCGCGACACCGUCUCGUGCGCUCUGUCCAUCGGCGCCAAGAAGCCCGACGACGCCAAGCCGCCUGGGCUAAUGCUGUUCGGGCAGAGAAUCCUGACCGAGCAGCAGCAGAUGAGCCUUAGCGGCUCGGCCAGCGGCACCUCGCCGGCGGCCGCCGGGAACAGCUCUCUCAACUGGAACACCGAGAAGGGCGCUAAUGCCUCGGAGGGCUCGGGGUCCGGGGUCAUCCAGAACAGCCCCACCGACAACACGUCGUCGGAGAGGCUGCAAUGGUUCAGGGAGAACAGCCACGUCUCCGAGCUCGGGCUGGAGCCCGGGCAGUGCAAGGUGUUCAUCGAGUCCGACACGGUCGGACGCAAUCUCGACCUCUCGACGGUGAGCUCGUUCGAGCAGCUCUACGGCCGCCUGUCCGAAAUGUUCUGCAUCGACAGCAGGGAGCUGAGGAGCCGCGUGCUCUACCGUGGCGCCACCGGCGAGGUGAAGCACGCCGGCGACGAGCCCUUCAGCGAGUUCAUUAAGUUGGCGAGGAGGCUUACCAUACUAACCGACGCCGGGAGCGACAACUUAGGGAGCUAGAGAGCAAGAUGACAACCGGAAGCAUCGCCGUAGUAUGUACAGCUGAAUGAGCCUAUUGAGAUUUUGUAUCAACUACUAGCAGUAGCAGUAAUGCCCCAACUCUGCAGCAGAGGUUUUCAACAAGAAAGCCCAAUCUGCUGCAUCCUGUUCUUCUGUAUCCUUCGUUCGUCAUCAUCAUCAACGAUCAGCUGCGUGUA